UACUCUCCCAUAGUGUGCCCACGCGAUACCGCGCUGGGAGGAGGCGAAGGGUAGGUGGAUCUUGAGCAUGCACCUCCUGCUCCUCUGCUGAGCUGGUUUGUCAACCACUCACCUGGGACUUUUAUUUGGUCACUGCUCUUGGUGUGCCCAGGUCUGCGGCCGCGCAGCUGAGCCCACGUGCGCCGAGGGACCAGCACCUGUAAGGGGAGCAGAGGCACCUCAGCGGGUCCAGGGCACUCAAAAGCGCACGGAAGCGCAGAGAACAGAGCUCGCGGAGCCGGGCACAAGGCGCGCUGAGAGCAGGGCGCGCGGAGCCGGGCACAGGGCUCACAGAGAUCAGGGGCGCAAAGCCGAGAGCAGGGAGUGGGGCGCGCAGAGCCGGGCACAGGGCGCACUGAGUGCUGGGCGCGCAGAGCCGGGCACGGGGCGCUCAGGGAGCGGGGCGCGCAGAUCGAGAAUCGCUGGUUGCCGGCCAUAGCCCAGAGUAGCAACCCCCGGAGCGGGCCCCCCCUCCAGAGUUAAACACAACCCCUCCGCUGCGAGCGCCCGUGCGGCUCGGGCGAUGAGCAUCGGGCACUUCACCGUGUGGGACUAUGUGGUAUUCGGGGCCAUGCUGCUGGUCUCCGCGGUCAUCGGCGUGUACUACGCCUUCGCGGGCGGCGGCCAGCAGACCUCCAAAGACUUUCUGAUGGGCGGCCGCAGCAUGAGCGCCUUGCCCGUGGCGCUGUCCCUCACCGCCAGCUUCAUGUCGGCGGUCACCGUGCUGGGCACCCCGGCGGAGAUCUACCGCUACGGGGCCAUAUUCUGCAUCUUCGCCAUCACCUACUUCCUGGUGGUGGUCAUCAGCGCCGAGGUCUUCCUGCCCGUCUUCUACAGGCUGGGGAUCACCAGCACCUACGAGUAUUUGGAGCUUCGAUUUAAUAAAUAUCUGCGUCUUUGUGGGACAAUCCUCUUCAUUAUACAAACGAUUUUAUACACUGGAAUUGUUAUUUAUGCUCCAGCUCUGGCACUGAAUCAAGUCACGGGAUUUGACUUGUGGGGUGCAGUGAUCGCAACUGGAAUAGUCUGUACAUUCUAUUGCACACUGGGUGGUCUAAAGGCAGUAGUCUGGACAGAUGUUUUCCAGGUUGGAAUCAUGGUAGCUGGAUUUUCAUCUGUAAUUAUACGUGCUGUGGUGGUUCAAGAGGGAAUCGGACGCAUUCUAAACGAUUCCUACCAUGGAGGAAGAUUAAACUUCUGGGACUUUAAUCCCAACCCCUUGCAAAGACAUACCUUCUGGACAAUUCUCAUAGGUGGCACCUUCACCUGGACUGGCAUAUACGGGGUCAACCAAUCUCAAGUUCAGAGAUACAUUGCCUGCAAAACACGUUUCCAAGCAAAAUUAUCUCUCUAUAUCAACCUCUUGGGACUCUGGGCGAUUCUUGUCUGUGCAAUGUUUUGUGGACUAGCAAUGUACUCCAUAUACCACGAUUGCGACCCAUGGACAGCAAAGCGGGUGUCAGCACCAGACCAGCUUAUGCCAUAUCUGGUAUUGGAUAUUCUACGAGAUUUUCCAGGGGUACCAGGACUUUUCGUGGCUAGCGCCUACAGUGGGACAUUAAGCACAGUGUCCUCCAGCAUCAAUGCUUUAGCGGCUGUAACUGUUGAGGAUCUCAUUAAACCUUACUUCAGCUCCCUCUCUGAAAAGAAACUAUCUUGGAUUUCCAAGGGAAUGAGUCUUUUUUAUGGAGGAGUGUGUAUUGCCAUGGCUGGUGUGGCGUCCCUUCUGGGCAGUUUGUUACAGGCAGCUCUCAGUAUUUUUGGCAUGGUUGGUGGUCCUCUUCUAGGACUGUUUUCUUUGGGAAUCCUCUCCUCCUUCGCAAACCCCAUCGGUGCAUUUGUAGGGCUUAUUGGGGGCUUUACAGUUUCACUCUGGGUUGGCAUUGGGGCUCAGAUUUAUCCUCCACUCCCUGAGAGAACUAUGUCAUUAAAUCUCACAACUAUCGGCUGUGACAUAGGCAGCCCAGGAGGCAACUGGACUGCAACAACCGAAAUGCCAACUUUAACAACCCUUGUACACCUGCAAGGCACUGAAAGACCUGUCCUGGCUGAUUAUUGGUAUUCCUUGUCGUAUCUGUACUUCAGCACACUUGGGACCCUGGUCACAAUAGCUUUGGGAAUGAUUGUCAGCCUCUUAACAGGAGGACUAAAGCAGAACAUAGAUCGUAAAUUCUUGCUGACCAAAGAGGACUUGCUGUCCAACUUCUCAUUUUCUAAACCCAAGACAAAUGAGAAAGUGGAAGUUUUGAACUGGAAACCUUUUACCAUGGCAGAUGAAGGAACCGACAAUCCUGUUUUCAACCACAUUGAAAUGAACGUCACAGAAAAUAAAGAAAAAGUCAAUGGUGCCCAUGUAUGACUUAAGAGGACAGUGUAGAUGUUGUGUUAAAGACAUUGCCAGCAUUCCUGUGAAGAGUUAGUUACCCACCCUACCUGGGGUUAUGUGCAGUAAUCCCUACUAAAUUUCAUGCCAUCACCACAUUGGAAUGACCUUGCGAUUAAGACUAAUGCCAAGAAAGGAAUCAGAGCAUAUUGGCCCGAAGAAAAGGCGGGUAGUGGGUACUUCAUAACAUACAACUCUGCUUAUUUUGGGAGACCAUCCAAAAGGCAUGCAUCUGUGCCUGUGACAGAAGUGAACAUGAACUAAGAGCAAGCGAACUUUAAGCAUACUCAAAUGUGGAGAAUGUUUUGUGUUACCUCCAAUGAUAAUACCCUUUGAGCACAGCAAGAAACAAACAGUAUUGGCUUGGUAUUUAUUUAUCAUGUGCAUAGUCAUCUAGCCAAGCCCUGGCUUGGUAAACAACUGCUUUUCUCAAUCCACUGACUGACACAUUCAGUUCUAAGAUAUCAGGCUGGAUCCUUCUCUCCCCAGAAUAAUUCCAGUGACUGCAGUAGAGCUGCUCCUAAUUUACACUGAUGAAAGUGAAAACAGAAUCAGGACUCUGGCUCUUCUAGGGGACCUUUAUAGGGAGGACUAAAGCCAACGUUUCUAUGUGAAAUUGUCAUUCAGUAUUGGUUUGGUCUUCUAUAAAAAUAUUUACGUUCAACCUCA